UUAAGAUGUUUAAAACAUAUUUUGUCUUAGCAAUUGCAAUUGAGGAUAUAGUUUCGGACGCCAAUGAAAAAUAUGUCACAUUAACAAGGCAAACAUAAUAUUGGUGAAGAUAAAAAAUAAAUUAUUAUAUCCCAGCGAGUCAUGACUACUCCGCGUCUGUUUGUUCUCGAAGAUCUGUUCAAGUUUAACAAUAUUGUGAUGGAUCCCUUGGUGGAAGUGUACUCCCAGCCGUUCUUGCUUCCCAAGAUUCUGGAGCAUCCCGAACUGGUUCUGACCGCCGAUGCUCCUGACAACAGUCUCAUGGGCUUUAUUCUGGGGACACGCGUCGAGGAUGCGUCUGAAUCUUUUGGACAUGGAAAGUCUAUGAGCUGGAAUCAUGGACACAUCUCUGCAGUGGCCGUAGCUCAUGAUUAUCGUAAACUGGGCUUGGGCACUCGGCUCUUAACAACCGUUAGGGAUAUUUUGGAUCGUCAGAACGACUUUUAUGUAGAUCUAUUUGUGCGGGAGAAGAAUACAAAUGCCAUUGGUCUUUACGAGUCCUUGGGAUAUGUGAAAUAUCGCUGGAUGCCUAAGUUUUAUGCCGAUGACCAUGGAUACGAAAUGAGACUACCCCUGUCCCGUGAUGUGGAUAGAAAGUCCCUAGAGGGAAUAAUGAUCAAGAAAAUCUACAGCUUCGGCAAUAAGCUGUACUAUCUGCUGAUGUUUUACAUAUUCGGAAUUAUAGCUAUAAUUAUUGGUGGAAAAUUGGUUGAAUAAGCAAUUGUAGUGGCACCAAACUAUUAAACUUUAUUUGGCAUCAAAACGUAUAAUUUAUACCAGGAAACGUCUAGAAUAAGUUCAUUGCACUCGGACGCCAUCGUUCAACUAAAAGUUUGAACAAAUCGCUCAAAGUAAAAAAUGAAGACCAGAAAAUGUAUGCCAGAAAGCAUAUGGAAACAAGAAUUGUUUAUAUGACAACAUUGAACCAGAAUUUUCAAAUGCUGUGCGUUUCAAGUUGCGCAAAAUGCCAAAUUGUGAAAAUCAUUGCGCGUGUUUCAGACACAUGCCCCAACCAG